AAAUUCGUGCAUACAUAGUGUAGAUAUAUAAUAUUUUUUAAAAGGAAAUAGGAACAGGAAAUAGGAACAGGAAAGUGGCAUUUGUGAGAUGGGGGGAAGAAAACCCCAGCCCCCUCACCCUUCCUCCUCUUGGCCUCAGGGUUUCUCAAAGCAACCUUUCCUUUCCAGAGGUUAUGCCUGGCAUGUUCAUAGAAUCAUAGAGUUGGAAGAGACCACAAGGGCCAUCCAGUCCAACCCCCUGGCAAGCAGGAAACACCAUCAAAGCAUUCCUGACAUAUGCCUGUCAAGCCUCUGCUUAAAGACCUCCAAAGAAGGAGACUCCACCACACUCCUUGGCAGCAAAUUCCACUGCUGAACAGCUCUUACUGUCAGGAAGUUCUUCCUAAUGCUUAGGUGGAAUCUUCUUUCUUAAAGUUUGAAUCCAUUGCUCCGUGUCCGCUUCUCUGGAGCAGCAGAAAACAAUCUUUCUCCCUCCUCCAUAUGACAUCCUUUCAUAUAUUUGAACAUGGCUAUCAUAUCACCCCUGAUGUAUCUGAAUGGGUAUGACUCCGCCAUAGGCAUGUCUUGUUCACGUCUGGAUUUUUAUUUCCCCUGAAAUGCACCAGGGCUUAAGGGUGUGGUUUUGAACCUGGAUGUGCCCUCGGGAUGUUGCUGGACUCGAUUGCUGCCUCCAGCCCUCUCCAUUUUGCCAUGCUGGCUGGGACUGAUGGGAGUUUUGGGUCCCCAAAUGCCUGGAGGGCCACAGCCUCCCCAUCCCUGAGCUAGACCCUCACUUGCCUUCACUGUCCCUGGAUACGUCCAUUUCCACUCUGGCUUCUUUUAAGGGGUGGGGAACCUCUGGUUGAUCCUUUGAAGGUGACCCGGAAACUGCAGCUAACCCAGAAUGCGGUUAGCUGCAUCGUUCCCCCAUCGUUCUGCCCGGACACUGAGGUCCAGUGCCAAGGGCCUUCUGGCGGUUCCCUCGCUGCGAGAAGCUAAGUUACAGGGAACCAGGCAGAGGGCCUUCUCGGUAGUGGCACCCACCCUGUGGAAUGCCCUCCCACCAGAAUUCAAAGAAAACAACAAUUACCAGACCUUUAGAAGGCAUCUCAAGGCAGCCCUGUUUAGGGAAGCUUUUAAUGUUUGAUGGAUUUCUGUAUUUUAAUGUUUUGUUGGAAGCCGCCCAGAGUGGCUGGGGGAACCCGGCCAGAUGGGCGGGGUAUAAAUAAUAAAUUAUUAUUAUUAUUAUUAUUAUUAUUAUUAUUAUUAUUAUUAUUAUUAUUAUCCUAGACAAAACUCCCACCCUCUUCAUCCCUGACCACUGGUCAGCGCCAGAUUUACUUACGUAUAAGCUAAACAAGCUAUAGCUUAGGGCCCCACUCUCUUGGGGGCCCCCAAAAAAUUUAAAGGGGAAAAAAAACCUGGAUGUACAUGUCCAAAAUAUAAAAUAAAAUAAAAACAAAUAAAAUGAAACCUAUAUCCAGCAACAGUGUUUUGUGUUGUGCAGGCUCCUAUUUGUUAUGUGCAAAUGGCUUUAGAUACCUAUUACCGUAGGUCCAUAAAUUACCAUUUGUCAUAUAUUCAACACAAAAAAACAGUGACAAUUUGUUGUUGACAAAGGACAGCUGGACAUAUAAAGGGCCCCAUUACGUUCAGUAGCUUAAGGCCUCAUCAAAUCUAAAUCCGGCCCUGCCACUGGUCCUCUGGCCAUGCUGUCGAGGAACAUCUAUAGGGUCACAGGCUCCCCAUCCCUGAAUGAGACCCUCACUUGCCUUCACUGCCCUGGGCUAUUUCCAUCACAACUCUGCCUUCUUUUAACACAGCAGUGGUGAACCUGUCGCUUUUCAAAUGCUGCUGGAAAGCAACUUGGCAUUGAACAUUGGCCAUUCUGGCUGGGGAUGAUGGGAGUUGUCCAGCCGCAGCAGCUUGCCCAUUCCUGAACUAGACCCUCACUUGCCUUCGCUGCCCGAGGCUACCUCCAUCACAACUCUGCUUUAUUCUAAAGCAGGGAGGAGAAACCUGUGACUCUGCAGAUCAGGGCUUCCCCGACUUGGGUCAGCUGUUUUUGGACUGCAACUCCCAUCGUCCCUAGCUAGCAGGACCAGUGGUCAGGGAUGAUGGGAAUUGUAGUCCAAAACCAGCUGGAGACCCAGAUUUGGGAAACCCUGCCUUCGAUUAAAGAAGACGCUAUCAAAUAUAUUGAAUGGAGUUCAGUUAGGAGUCGGCGGUCAGGGAUGAUGGGAAUUGUAGUCUAAAACCAGCUGGAGAGCCAAGGCUGAGAAGCACUGCUCCAGAUGGAAUCUAGCUUCCUUUUUACCAUCCCUGACUUGGCGCCGAUGGGAGUUGUAGUCCAGCUCCAUCUGUGAGGCCUCACCCUGGCUCACCUGAGGCUUGGGCUAUCACCCUGGCUAGCCCAGAACAGGUGGUAUCAAUUUCAGGAGAGAUGCCGGGAGAUCGUGGUAGCUGCUUCCUCCUAAAGUUCUUGGGUCGUUUCCUGGAUCUGGCAGCUGGAGGGUUAAACAGCAGGUAGCUCCCUCUUCCCUGCUGGCUUCUUAACCCCUCCCUCUCCAGGUGAUAAGAGAGGGAGCUUUUGGGAUGCAGCCAGCAGAGCCUGCAGGCCUUCGAGUGUCAAGGAAAGUUCUUGUUUACAUGGCCUGGUCUGGCAACUUAGAUUAUGGGUGUUUCAACAGCCUUUUCCUCUCAAGGUUCCUGGGCACCGUCAGCAAUGGGGAGAUUGCCGGGAGUGCGCAAACUGGGGUGCGGUCCCACAGCUGGAAACGGAGGAACUCCCAGCGAGGUGGUCAGGCUAACCCCCCAGCCCUAGAAGAUGUGAUCUAUGAUGACGUUCCUUACGAAAAUGUGGACCUGAUCCAGCGUGAUUCGGACAAGAGCCUCAUCUACGAAGACGUCCAUCAAGACGGGCCACAGGAGACUGAAGAUCUAGGCUGGAGCUCUAGCGAGUUCGAGAGCUACAGCGAGGAAUCUGGCGAAGAGAGCAAGCCAGGGGCUGAGCCAACAAAGCACAAAGUCUCUUUCCAACCAAAGAUGACCCAGCUGAUGAAAGCGGCCAAGAGUGGCACGAAGGAUGGCCUCGAGAAGACCAAGAUCGCCGUCAUGAGGACUUUCUUGAACAGAAAGGAUGUCCCAGGGGACGGAGAGCCAGGCAGGAGUGCGAUGGAGCCAGGGAGGAAGCGCUCUUUGUCCUGGACUGGGGAGCUCUCCAAAGCCCAUAAGCUGUCCGUGGACAGAGGCGAUUCCGAAGAGGAGGAAAUGGGAUUCCUGGAGGUUCCAGUGAAUGAUCUGAAGCACCUGUUUCCCGAGUUGGGCCCGAUGCCCGAAGGGUUAAGCCCUCAGCAGGUUGUGCGCCGCCACAUUCUGGGCUCCAUCGUCCAGAGCGAGAGAAGCUACGUUGACUCCUUACGGAGGAUCUUGCAGGAUUACAGGAACCCUCUUGUGGAGAUGGAGCCCAAGGUUCUCAGCCUCCGGAAAUGCCAGGUGGUUUUCUUCCGGGUCAAAGAGAUCCUCCAGUGCCACUCCAUGUUCCAGAUCGCCUUGUCUUCGCGCGUGGCUGAGUGGGACACCACGGAGAAAAUCGGCGACCUCUUCGUGGCCUCGUUUUCCAAGUCUAUGGUGCUGGAUGUCUACAGCGAAUACGUCAACAAUUUCACCACUGCCAUGUCCUUGAUCAAGAAGGCCUGCCUCACCAAGCCUGCCUUUCUAGAGUUCCUCAAGAAGAGGCAGAUGAGCAGCGUCGACCGGGUGACACUUUACGGCCUGAUGGUGAAGCCCAUCCAAAGAUUCCCCCAGUUCAUUCUCCUCCUCCAGGACAUGCUGAAAAACACUCCCAAGGGCCACGCCGACCGGCUCUCCCUCCAGCUGGCUCUGACGGAGCUGGAGACCUUGGCAGAGAAGCUCAACGAACAGAAGCGGCUGGCGGACCAGGUGGCUGAGAUCCAGCAACUCACCAAGAGCGUCAGCGACCGCAGCAGCAUCAACAAGCUGUUAAGCUCAGGCCAGCGGCAGCUGCUGCUCUGCGAGACGUUGACGGAGACAGUCUACAGCGACCGCGGCCAGCUCAUCAAGUCCAAGGAGCGGAAAGUCUUCCUGCUGAACGACAUGCUGGUGUGCACCAACAUAAACUUCAAGCCGAUUAACUCCAGGGGGCAGCUGGAAAUCAGCACCCUGGUUCCACUCGGCCCCAAGUACAUCGUGAAAUGGAACGCCGCCCUGCCUCAGGUCCAGGUGUUGGAAGUCGGGCAGGAGAGCAGUGCCCACGAGAAGGACAACGUGGUCAUCCCCAAUCUUGGGCUGAAGAAGCACAUGCCAAGCAGCCAGUCCUCACACAAUAAAGUGUACCUGGGUCCUCCUCGCCUGUUUCAGGAGCUACAAGAUCUCCAGAAAGACCUGGCAGUGGUGGAACAGAUCACUCUGCUCAUCAGCACCCUUCAUGGUACAUACCAGAAUCUGAACAUGACCGUCGCUCAGGACUGGUGCUUAGCUCUGCAGAGGCUGAUGCGGGUGAAAGAGGAAGAGAUCCAUUCUGCAAACAAGUGCCGCCUCCGUCUCCUACUCCCAGGGAAGCCAGACAAGUCUGGGCGCCCUGUCAAUGUCAUGGUGGUCUUCAUCACCCCCAACCCCCUCAGCAAAAUCUCCUGGGUCAACCGCUUGCAUUUGGCCAAAAUUGCUCUGCGCGAGGAAAACCAGCCUGGCUGGCUGUGCCCGGAAGAGGACAAGAAGUGCAAAGCCCCCUUCUGGUGCCCCAUUUUGGUCUCCCGCACGCCCGCCUUCUCUUCCAGAGCUCUGGACCUUCAGCUUGGUGCCGCCGUCCACAGCCCGGUCCAUUCUUCCUUGCUGGGUUUCUCCGCUGUCAGCACUUCUCUGCCGCAAGGCUAUCUCUGGGUCGGCGGAGGGCAGGAGGGGGCUGGCGGCCAGGUCGAAAUCUUUUCCCUGAACCGGGCAGCACCCCGCAUUGUGAAGUCCUUUCCGGUCGCCGCCCAGGUCCUGUGCUCAGAAUACAUUCCCGAGAGGAGCGAGGAGGAGAGAGCCAGUGGUUUGGAGACAUCUGCUGACCAAGCCUUGCCGCCACAGCCGGUGAUCUGCCUCGGGCUGCAGGACGGCAGCAUCCUGGUUUAUGGAAGCGUGGACAUGGGGACGCAGUGCCUCUUGACGGGCAAGAGCCCCGGGCUCCAGCCGGUCCUCUGCUUGAAGCACAGCCCCGACUACCUCUUUGCCGGCCUGCAGGAUGGAACAGUGGCUGCUUAUGCGAGAACCAGCGGGGGGUUCUGGGACCUGGAGGCUGAGCCUGCCUGCCUGACGGUGGGGCUGGCACCAGUACGGACCCUUUUGACCCUGGACGAUGCCGUGUGGGCCAGCUGCGGAAACCAAGUCACCGUCUUCGAUGCCGCCACCCUGAAGGCGCAGCAAACGUUUGAGGCCCACCCGGAGGAAGAAGCAAGCGUCACCCACAUGAUCAAGGCGGGCAGCGGUGUGUGGAUGGCCUUCUCCUGCGGCUCCUCUGUCCGGCUCUUCCACACCGAAACGCUCGAGCAUCUGCAGGAGAUCAACAUCGCCACGCGGACCACUUUUGCCAUACCAGGCCAGAAGAAUGUCCGCGUCACCAGCCUUCUGAUUUGCCAGGGCCUUCUCUGGGUUGGCACCGACCAAGGCAUCUUGGUCCUUUUGCCUGUGCCCAGGCUGGAGGGGAUCCCCAAGAUCACAGGGAAAGGCAUGGUCUCCCUAAACGGUCACUGUGGCCCGGUGGAAUUCCUGGCUGUUGCCCUCAGCACCCUGGCCCCAGACAUCCUCAAGAGCGACAAGGAGGAGGACCCGCUGGCGGAUCCCGUAUCUGCCAAGGAUGAGAAGCCGGACAGCAAACCGGCAGAUCUGGCUUCCCAGAACAGCCCUCCGAUGAGGGAGCUCCGGAAAAAGGGCAUUCUCCUGCAGUACCGCCUCCGUUCCACUUCUCACCUCCCUGGGCAGCUGCUCUCGAUGCGAGAGGCACCCUCCACCGCUGGCGGGAAUGCCCCGGAGCACACCGAGGAGGAUGGCUCCGUCUACGAGAUGGCCGACGACCCGGACAUUUGGGUCCACAACCGGCCGUGCGCCCGCGAUGCUCACCGCAAGGAGAUCUCCUCCCUAGCUGUGGUUUCUGGCGGGAGAGGCUACCGGAACUUCAACUCCAACGGCAAGCCUCCAGCCAGCAGUGAGACAGACAGCACCUUGUUGAUAUGGCAGGUCCCACUGAUGCUAUAACCCCGGCCCCCUCUCAUUGGCCGUCCGGCCGUCCCUCCCACAAUGCCUUGCUUUAGGACACCUUGCAAUGGUGUGUUGAGCUCGCCAGAGGUGGUGGCUGCAUUCCCCUCAUCCCGAUGGACUCUUCCCACCCACCCCCUUAAAUCUUUUUGGAAAAAACAUCUUGAUUAAAAGAGGCUUCAGAUUCCUCCUCUACUUUCCCCUCUCUCUCUUUGUCGCGAUUGGAACACGCUUCAAGUCUCCCUCUUUGUUUGGAACACACACAAACGGCAUGAUCACAUCGCACGUGGGGGUUUGGUCACUGGCGGAGGAAGAGGAGUGCGGGGGGAGCGCACCGCCCCCGGCAGCGCGAUCCCGGCAGGGUGCCAUCGUGGUUGCCCCCCGCCCACGCUGGGUGCCACGCCCCUGCAGGCAGCACAUUAUGCCCCCAGGACAUGCCCCGCCCUCGUGUGCUCUCCGCCACUGGGUUUGGUUCUGAGAUUUCUGCAUAUACACAAAAACCGUAUGCUCAAACCGCCCCCAGCUUUCUGAGUCCUUCCCUUGCCAGAGCGCCAAGUGGGCUGGCUCCGGGAUGCUCUCGCAAGACUUUGUGGGGUCGUCCGAGUUCCUGUGGGAUCUCACGCAAGUAUCCCCAGGUUUCCGGAGCUGGAAGGCAGAGAGCUUAAAAGCUCUUUUUGCACUGAGGAACCCAAGCAGACCUGGAGCAAAUAGAGCUUGCAAGGUCUCUGCCUUGCUUGGGGAGACCAUGCCAAAAUGGUGUGCCUAUUCUGGGGUGCUCUUGCGAGUUCUUUCAGGGACUGUGCGACUUCUUGGGAGAGCUUUGCUAGACUUCUUCUGGAGACGGCACCCUGAGAGGGCCUUGAACAGUGCAGAAGGAGCUUUUAAAUCCCCGGCCUUGUCUGUAUUUAUCUUGUGGGAUUUCAGCCAACUGGACUUCAUUGGUUGAAAUUGUGCAAGUUAAAUAUGUUUGAGGUGUGAUCACACUGUACGAAAUAGAGAGAUUUGUGUUUUUUUGCAUUUCAAGGGGUUGUGUUUCCGCACUAUUCCGACUUGGAGCACACCCACUGAAAAAAAAAGACCUUCACUUCAGUGGGUCUACUCUGAGUAGGAGACAACUCCAGACCUCUUAUGUGCAGCCGUUUCCCAUACUUACAAAACGAGCUUGCGGUUUUAAAAAAAGAACUUUCCAGAUGGCAUAGGAAUUGGCGCCCUCCUUGCAGGCUUUGGAGGCGGGCCAAAAUUACCCCCACUCCACCCACUGAAUCCUCUUCUCUCUCUGCACCCCCCCCCCGGAUCCCCAGAAAGUGGCAUGAGGGUUUGUGUAUCCAUGUGUGAAUAUAUAUAUGUAAUAUUAAAAGCCAUGUACAUUAUUAUGUUGUAUAAAUAAAAUCUGUAUAUAGCGUGGGGGCAUCUCGGGAUGCUGGAAUAAAGGUGUUUGGAAAAACGAGAGAUCAACUGUGCCGGAAGCUUUGACAUCUCCUUGACAGCUGGUGUGUCUGUUCCCACCUGGCUCGGAUUAGAAUCCCGCCAGCUAAGCAAAGCGUUUUGUCGUACGAUGAGAUGCGGAGACAUUUCUCAAGCAACGCUGGAGGUGCCCAGUGGCUGGGCGCCCCUUGGGAUAAGAGAUGAGCUGGAAGAAGUGAAACUCGAUUUUGUGGGAUGCCUAGAGGGUGGUGCAAGCUUGCCUGACCUCACAGGUGGCAAACCUUGCCCCUCUCUCAGGGUGGUCCAACUUUUCAUGCCAUGGGCUACAAAAGUACUUCCGCACAGAACCCAUGGGCCGCACGCUGCCUUGUCACAUGGGGCACGUGGAAAGGAUGCCAAAAUUUGAGGACACCCCCCCCCCAGCAAUUGCACUGCCUUUCCAAUGCCCAGCGUUUCACUUACCCAACUUUGGGAAGGCGAGGAAGUUAAGGGCAAUAGUGGCAAGUGGUGGCAGAAGUUAAGGGCAGUGAAGGCAAGUGAUGGAGGAAGGGAAGGGAAGUGAACGCAAAUGAUGGGAGGAAAUUGGGGCAGUAAAGGCAGGUAGUGGAGGAAAUUAAGGGCAAUGAAGGCAAGUGAUGGAGGAAGUUAAGGGCAGGAAAGGGGAGUGAUGGUCCAGUUCAGGAACGGGAAAGCUGUGGCUCCUGACUCCCAGCAGCACAGUUUAUGGUCCAGAAUUAUCAGAAUCUUAGUCUAGCAACAUCUGGGGAGCCCAAGGACAGCUGCCCCUGAACCCCCUCCCCCCCGAAAGACAGGGAGGACAAAGAGGAUAUGGAGGGCUGCUAGCAGUCAUCUUUACUGUCAUUGUUUGUGUCCUCUGGGACGGACAUCAUAUGUGUGUGCCUGGAGCUUCUCGGUGUGCAAAACAGCCGGGGAAAUCGUAUUUUAAGAGCUGCGGUGUAAAGCUCCCUGGGUUUCUUGUGGGAGUUUCAGUGUGCAUCUGUAGAUGUUUACUCAGAAGUAAGCCCCGCUGAGCCGACUCCCUCAGAGGUGUGUUUGGAAUUGGAACCGCAAUGCAUAAAAUCUGCAUAAAUUUGCACAGGUGGUAGGAAAAUGAUCCAUUCUUUAAGAAGAGAGGGGGGCUUUCUUUCUCCGCUGCAGGUAAAACAGGUGUCCUUUUGGGGGGUAUGGCAGUUCUCUCUUCUCUUGCACACAGGAGGGGAGCUUUCCUACUGAAGCUGGCUUUUGCACACGGCUAGCUUUUUAAUGGAAUAAUUUGUAAUGGAAAGGUAUCUUAAAAGAAACAAAGAAAGACCCAAAUUAACUGACUAAAUGCCGUGG